UUACAGUGUUUUGGUUCAAUUCAACAGGAGUUGAGUAGGUCUGUGAGAGCUCGAGUGGAAGAAGCACUUCAGGCUUGCUCCUCACUGGAGGAGGCAAUCAGUUUUCUCGAGUCCAAGGUGCCAGGAACGGCACACCAAAUGAUAGAGAGGCCUCGUCGGCGGGCCACAGGGAAGAAAGCACCCGGUGCCGUGCCCACACGUGCGUCUACGGGAAUUUCACCUCUUGAAGAGAUGGCCUUGAUGGCGGGCCACUCCGCGCUGCUACAGCGAGUGCUUGAGCGGCCUAAAGCCAAGUCAGAGGAAACUGGAUCCUCGGCGUGGAGGACAUCCUCCAUCCUCUCAAGGCCUACGCCCUCCGAAAUGGCGGACGGAACGGCGUCAGGGGACCAGAGCGUGGCUGCUCCAACACCUGUGGAGGAGACCAACGUUCAGAUGUCGCAUUCUGAAUCCCCGUGCAAGGCUGUUUCACCAUCUCUUGCUGAAGUGCGUGCGAUUGAGCCUAACGAUCAGGGUUUGAAGUGGUGGAAGGAGGCAGCUGCUCGCUGGCCAAAGAUCUACCAAAAUCUUAGGCUUGAGGCCUAUUUGAAUAUCCUGCGGCCUGAGUGCCCUGAAGUUGCUGAGUAUUUGGUGCAUUUCAGGGCUGGGUCCGUGUCACAGACUCCGAGAAAAAGACCUGCAGCACAGGGUGAUGGUGUGAAGAAGAUGCGGCAGGAGGGAGCUUCUGCCAUGGCUUCGGUUCCCACCCCCUCCAGAUCCUCAGUGGAUGGCCGCAGCCCGGGCAGAUGUUCGACGCAGCCAGACAUGCAGCUCAACAGCCAAGCGGAUGUGUGCAAGAUUUGCUGCUGCGACACUUCCCCUUGGCAUUCGGUGCGGCUCGCAUGUAGCCAUGGCUGGUACUGUGCAUCCUGUAUGUUGCGCCACGCAGAGGCUCGUUUGGAGAUGGGGGCUGCUUCCAUUACGUGUCCAGAGUGCUCCUCAAUCCUGGCUGAGCGGGAUCUCAGGAAGCUGUUGCCGACUGAGACCAUCGACCGUCUUCUGGCCAGAAGCCUGGAACAAGCGGUGUCUUGUGCCGAAGACAUCCGGGCCUGUCCCACGCCGAAUUGUCCUAUGCGAGUUGCCAUGGAGGAGGGAGGCACUACGAGGUUCAAGUGCACUAUGUGCAAAAAAGAGUCAUGUAUCCAAUGUGGUCGGCAACCCUUUCACAGAGGUCUGACUUGUGAGGAGUACGCUGAAAAGAUGAGGAACAACACCAAGGCUGCGAAGAAAGAGCGACAGGCAGAUCAGCUAUUUGAGCAAUGGAUGGAAGAGACCGGCACCAAACAGUGCCCCAGAUGCCGCAUGGCGGUGACUAAGCAGAAUUUGGAUCGGCAGCAGACCCAGUACUCCGAGUGCCACAAGAUGAGCUGCAGGAACUGCGGAACACGGUUUUGCUUCAAGUGCCUUGCGAUUCUGACAGACACCUACACGUGCGGAUGUACCAUUGAUGCCCAUGGCUUCAUCAACCCGGUCACCGGGAAAAUUGUGAAGCAUCUCAAAAAGAAGGCCAAGAAGUAG